UAUUGUUUGGUAUUUUGUAGGUAGUAAAAGAUUGCUGAUGUUAAAAAGUCAUCUUUACUUUAUAAGACAGAAAGAUUUAAAACAAAGAUUAUUUAAAAGUUGAAAAGAACUUUUAAAAAUAUCCUCAUUAUAUGUAUAUUAUAGAAGUAUUCAAAUCUAAAGUUACCAAAGAAAAAUGGAUGUAGGUGAAUGGAUAUUGUCCAAUUCAAAUAUAUUUUCAAGCCAAUUUGAUUUAGAUAAUAAUCAUAUGAGUAGUAGCUUAGAAGAAACGGUUCCUGAAAGUUAUAUGUAUCCAUUAUUUUCAAUAUUAACUAAUGUGGAAUUACAUAUGGAUACAUGUAACACUGAUAACAAUCAUAACACAUAUGCUAUGUCCAUUAGAGAAAGUUUGGAGUGUAAUAAUAAUGAUUCAAAUAAUAAUUUAGAUUUUAUUCAUAAGUCUCAAAAGCAGACAGAUAUAAUUUCAUUAUCUCAAAGUAGUAUAUAUAAAACAAAAUCUAUAGAAUCUUUGAGCAAUCCAUCAUUAAGUGACUCUAAAGAUUACCAGAUUACAAAAAUAAGAGAGAAAGCUCAUCAAAUAUGUACACUUCUGCCAAUAUAUAAAUAUGACCGUGUGUUUGAAAUUUUAUAUAAAAAUCGUUAUGCGGAGAAUUAUAUAGAGCUUAGUUUGUGGGAUUUAUUACCAAUGAAAAGGCCAGCAAUAAAAAUUUCUUCUAAUAUGAAAUUCGUAGAUGACAAUUCUGUCAAAUGCGAAGAGAUAUUUUAUGUUUAUGGGAGAAAAAGAACUAGUUCUAUGAAACAAAUAAAUGAUCUAUUAAGCAUGCAAUAUUCAUCGAAUAAUUCAAAUACCAAAAGUAAGGAGACUGUUCUACAAACAAGGUAUACAGGGAAUAAUAGCAAGAAUUUUGGACAAUUAUUACAUAAUUAUAUGCAAUAUUUGAGUAGUAGGGAAAACAUUAAGAAACAGAAAUUAUCUGCCAUAUAUAAACAGAAACAAUUAAAAAAUCCAACAAAAAUGUUAGAAAUAUCAAAUGUUGAUUUAAGUAAUAUAAAACCUUACAGAGUAAAUUUUAGCGAUUCAUCAUCUACUAAUAAAAGAAAUGUUAAUAAGACAAUAAUUUCAUCUAAAAAUACAUCGCCUGAUAUAUCACCACGUUCCAAAAGCACAUUGUGUGAUACUGUAACAAGUGAUGUAUCAGUUGCAGUAACAAAAUCACAAGAUUCACUUGAAAACAUAGAAGUAAAACCAUCAACUUCUACUGGAAUUUAUUCUACACAAAAUACCAAACAUGUGUUUGGAGGUACUAGAAAAAAAGAUAUCAAAUUUUUGAAGAGAACUAGUGAGAGCAAAAAAGAUAUUGAUAUAGAAAAUACUAGAAUACCCCUAAGGAUGGAACUGGAUAAAAGAUUAGAAUUUAUAUUUCCUGAUUUAGAUAAGAAUUACAUUAAUAAACUAUGUAUAAGAUAUUCAAAUACAGAUCUUAGUUUAGAUAAACAGUUUGAGGAGUUAAUUAAUAUAAUAGUAGAAGAUAGACAAGUAUGUCCUGUUGAAAUAAAUAGCAAAAUAAAUCAGGAAAAAGAUUAUGAUAUAGAUGAAAAAUAUAAUUAUUUAAAAGAAAUUUUUCCUAAUGCAGAACCUGCAUAUUUAAAAAAGGUUAUAGUACGAACAGCUAAUGAUCCUGCUAAAUUAGAUCAGUUCAUAGAAGAUCAAUGCAAAUGUCCUACUUAUCUAACAAAAGAUGAAAAAAUAAGACGAAUGCAUAUUACAGAACAGCAAAUGCUAUACAUUCGAGAAUUUGAUGUGAGACAGUUUUUGGAAAUUUAUCCAUCUCCACAUACAUAUUUCGAAGAUCCAGAAAGAAAGCAUGAAUACAAUCCCGAUGCACUUGAAUUUCUGAAACAUCAUUUUAAUAAAUUUGAGGUGGAAACUUUAAUGAAUGUUUAUGAACAGCAUAAUUAUCACUUAACUAUAACUGCAAACGCUUUAGAGAAUAUGAAACCAGAUAAAAAAACAAAUUAUACAACUAUGUGGGAUAAAACUCUAUCAGAUGAUAUUUCUUUAUUGCAUGAAUGUGCAUUUAUAAAACAUAAAAAUCGUAUUACAGAAUAUCAAAAAGAAUUAAAAAAAAGAGAAGAUGAAGAAUUUGAGGAGUUACAAAAAAGAAAUGAACUUUUAAUAUGUCAGUGUUGUUAUGUAAAUUGUAUACCAUCUAAAUGUUCAACAUGUGAUGAUGGCCACGUAUUUUGUAAUUCAUGCAUUGUGCGUGGAACUCAAACACAAAUUGCACAGGGAAAUGUGCAUGUUCCAUGUUUUGUAGAUUGUGAUGGAGAAUUUCGACUUUCAACUCUUCAGAAAGUAUUAACACCAAUGCAAUUUAGUAUAUUUGUUCGUAAAAUGCAAGAAAGAGAAGUAAUGUCUGCUGGAAUCCUAGGUUUAGUUUCAUGUCCGUUUUGUCAGUUUGCCUCUAUACCUCCCUUAAGAGAUAAUGUUUUUAAAUGUCUUAAUCCCGAAUGUAUGAAAGAAUCGUGUAGAUUAUGUAAAGAGAUAAAUCAUAUACCGCUUAAAUGCUAUGAAGAAAAGACUGAGAAAGCACGUUUGUUUUUGGAAGAGAAAAUGACAGAAGCACUUGUACAUAAAUGUCACAGAUGUAGCCGUCCAUAUUUUAAGGAGAAUGGAUGCAACAAAAUCACUUGUGUCUGUGGCUGUAUGAUGUGUUAUCUCUGUGAUGAAGAAAUUACUGGAUAUGAGCAUUUUAACAAAGGUAUAUGCUCAUUAACGAGUGAUGAUCAUUCGUUAAAUGCUGCAGCAGUUCAGGCAGUUGCCGAGAAAACUAUGAAAUACAUAGAAGAAAAGGAUCCGAAUAUAAAGAUAAAUGCUGAUAUUAUUUUUCCAAAUAUACAAUACAAUUACAGUGAAGCUAAUAAUCAAUUAAUACAGAAACGAGUAGACAAUAUAACAAGAUUUGCUUAAGCGAUAUAUAAGGUAUAUAUAAGGUUUCUCUGCAGAAAAAGAUUAGUUUUGUGUAGCUAUAUUAUAAUUUUUUUUUCAUGUGUUAAACAUUUGUAAAACUUGAAAGAAUGAUAUAAGUACAUUUAAGUUCUAUUAUACAAACGUUAUAUUCUGAUAUUUGAUUGAAAUUGAAAAUUUUGUUAACAGUAGUUGAAAUUUUAUUUGGAAUUGUCUAAUAUUUGACAAUUUUGUAUUUUUAUACAUUAAUGGCUGUUGAUAAUGGAAGAGGUAGAGGUAAUAUACAAACGAGAUAGAAAUACAACAAAUCAUCAGAUGUAUUUAUUUUUAUUUUUAAUGUUAUGAAUGUGUACAUGUUCAAUGUAUCAUAAAACUUAAUAAAUACAUUACUUUGAA